AUGUUGCUACCAUGUGUCUCUAGAGCAGUAAGACCAAGACGAACGCAAUUGAUUCAUCUCGAUCAGAAACGCGCAUACACUGCCGCCGUUCUUGGUGGUGGCAUCACUGGACUCACAGCCGCCUGGCAACUCGCGCAAGACCCUACAUGCAAACAUGUCAACGUGUUCGAGAAAACGGACCGGCUCGGUGGUUGGAUCAAUUCUGAAACAGUUCCUGUUGAUGGUGGCAAUGUCAUGUUUGAGUAUGGACCGCGGACCUUAAAGAGCUCGCUGCCAGGAUCACUCCCUCUGCUUUACCUGGCUACAAAUCUAGGCUUGUACGACGACCUCAUUGUUACCCCAAAGACGAGCCCCGCGGCCCGAAAUCGUUACAUUUACUACCCGGACCGUCUCGUUCGCAUGCCGGCGCCAAAGCCUGAACUCUCCGAAGGAUGUCUUCACUCCGCCCGGCACCCAACCGAAUGGGCGAAGGAUGAAUCUGUUGCCGACUUCAUCAGACGUCGUUUUGGCCCCAAUGUUGCAGAUAAUCUAGUCUCCGCUGUGUACCAUGGAAUUUAUGCUGGUGAUAUCGAUCGAUUGAGUGCCCAAGCACUGUUGGGUGGCCUCCGCAACCUUGAGGGAGGCAUUGGGGGCAUCGGUGGGUUGGUUUCUGGUGGAGUUACGGCAUCCCUUAUCUCCAGGUCAAUCUCUAAAACGAGGACUCGGAAUAUGGAUGAUUUCAUGGCCAUAGACGCCAUGCCUGCAGGCCCCGAAUUAGUGCGCCGUCAGCAUGAUUUAGAAGUCCUCGCGGCCGGAGCUAGUACUUUCACCUUUAAGAGGGGAGUUGCCCAGCUUAUUCAAGCACUGAUUGCUUCAUUGAAAGCAUCCGGCAAAGUCGACUUCCGAAUGAACACGGAGAUCAAAGCUUUGAGUGGAUGGGCAGAGUCUACUGCUGGCCUUGCUAUGGAAUAUUGGUCACCCAAGCACAAUCAAAUCAAGACAUUUGAUUAUCGAUAUGUCAUCUCCACUAUCCCUCCAGUUUCACUUGCAAACAUCAUGCGCAAACCCGAACAGUCACCUGCCGAGGGAAGCCUGUCGGCUUAG